CGGGCUCGCGCAGGGCGGCCGGGCCGGGGAGCGGCGGGACCGGCCGGCCCUGCCUGCUUUACAGAAUAUUUUUCAUCGCUUGGAUGCUUCAUUCUGAGCCACUAAUCCGAGCAGUACCUGAGCUAAUCCUUCGUUCCAGGCUGGUGCCACAGCCUGGGUGUCAGUGCUGCUGCCACAGGAGCAGCUCAGGAGAGCCACCAGGUGCUGAUCCCGGGAGCAGCUUUCCCUGGGCGUGUGUCCGGGCUCAUGUCCCCGCUCUGAGCCCUGGCCAGGAUGAGGAUCGUGGUGGCCAAGGUGCUGUGCCUGCUGGGCAUCUGUGUGCUGGUGCUGGCGGGGGCCCUGCUGCCCGUGAGGGUCAUCGAGGCCGACCACGAGAAGGCCCAGCGCUCCAGGAAGGUCCUGGCCCUCUGGAAUUCCUUCGGAGGAGGGGUCUUCCUGGCCACCUGCUUCAACGCCCUGCUGCCAGCCGUGAGGGGCAAGCUGGAUGAAGUCCUCAAGCAGGGGAACGUGACCACGGACUACCCGGUGGCCGAGACCAUCGUGAUGGUCGGCUUCUUCGUCACGGUCUUCGUGGAGCAGCUCGUCCUGAGCUGCCAGAAGGAGAAGCCCUCCUUCAUCGACCUGGAGACCUUCAACGCGGGCUCGGACGGCGGCAGCGACUCGGAGUACGAGAGUCCCUUCAUCGCCUCGCCCCGGGGCCGGGCCCUGUACGGGGAGCACGGGGGGCACCCCCCUCACCUGAGCCUGCCCGAGCUGUCCCGCUCCGGCCCCCUGCGCCUGCUGGGGCUGGUCUUCGCCCUGUGCACGCACUCCAUCUUCGAGGGGCUGGCCCUGGGGCUGCAGGAGGACGGCGGCAGAGUCAUCAGCCUGUUCCUGGGCGUGGCCAUCCACGAGACCCUGGUGGCCGUGGCGCUGGGCAUCAGCAUGGCCAGGGCAGCGCUGCCGCUCAGGGACGCGGCCAAGCUGGCCCUGGCCGUGUGCCUCAUGAUCCCGCUGGGAAUCGGCGUCGGGAUGGGCAUCCAGAGCACCCGGAGCGCCGCCAGCGACGUGGUGUCCCUGCUCCUGCAGGGCAUGGCCGGCGGCACCUUCCUCUUCGUCACCUUCUUCGAGAUCCUGGCCAGGGAGCUGGAGGACAAGAGCCAGCGGCUGCUCAAGGUGCUGUGCCUGGUGCUGGGCUAUGCCCUGCUGGCCGGGCUGGUGCUCAUCCCGUGGUGAGCCGGGAGCCUCAGGAAGCCGAGCUCGAGCCGCCCCUCCCGCUGCAGGGACGCCGGAGCUCCGCGGGCAGGUGGAACAGCCCGGCCCAGGGGGUGUUUCCAGGAUUACCUGCAGGAGGAGGAUCUCUUCCCGCGUGCCCAGAGGGAGAUGAGUGAGGAACAUCCCAAGGGAUUGUCCCUGCCCGUGGGGCUGCGGAGAUCAGCUGGCACAAACAUUAAGGAUCUGGUUAAAGGCUGCUUCCGAGA